AUGUCUGAACGUGAUCAAAAUAUCAUUAGAUGGUUAGAAGAGUGUGAAUUAGAUUCCGAGGAUGAAAGGGACGUGCCGGAAUUACCAAAUGAAGACUGCAGUGAUGUAGAAGAUGUUCCAUUAGACCACGUCAUUGAUGGUGAGUGUCAAUCAGACUCUGAAAUUGAUGUUGAAGAGUUAAAUGAAUAUGACGAUACAAAUGAUCUGCCAGUUGAUGAUGCAUCUUCCGAUGAUGAUGUUCCAUUGUCAAGAUACCGGAACUAUUUCGGAAAAAAUCGGUUCCGUUGGUCGUCUCAACCUCCAGUUUCGCGAUCAAGGACUUUGCAACACAACAUCGUUCAGCAACCUCCAGGAUUGAAAAGGAACUUCAGAGAUGUUUUGAACAGUAAUACAACAUCAUCCGAUUUAUGGCAUUUAUUUUUUACUGAUGAUAUGUUAGAAGAAAUUGUAAAGCAUACUAACGAAAAAAUUAGAAGGAUAAGACCAAACUAUCAAAACCAGACAUGUGUUCAAGACCUUGACGUAAUUGAGCUGAAGGCUUUUAUCGGUAUGUUGUACUAUACCUCAAUUUUCAAAGAGAACCACACACAUUACACAUGUUGGUACAGCACAGAUGGUACAGGAAGAGAGAUUUAUCGUUGUAUAAUGAGUAAGAACAGGUUCAAAACAUUGCUGAAUUGCCUUCGUUUUGAUGAUACGAGCACCAGAGAUGAACGCCGUAGCACUGAUAAAGCUGCACCUAUAUCUCAGCUUUUUGAAAUGCUGAUACAAAACUGCAAAGAAGUUUGUUCAAUUGGCAGUUACGCUUGUAUUGACGAGAUGUUGGUGGCUUUCCGUGGGAGGUGCAGCUUCAAAAUGUACAUGCCGAAAAAACCCAACAAAUAUGGAUUAAAAAUUAUGUGCAUGACUGAUGCCAAAAACGGAUACCUUGUGGAUGCCUACAUAUACUUGGGAAAAGACUCAGAUAGCCAAGGCUUGCCCAUUGAAUACCAAAGAGUGAACAAACCCACGCAAGCGGUUUUGCGAUUGGUUGCGUCGAUUGAAGGAACCCACAGAAAUGUAACGACUGAUAACUGGUUCACUUCGGUGGAGCUAAUGAACAUCCUAAAGCAAAAACAGCUGACACUUGUGGGUACCCUUAAAAAAAUAAAAGGGAAGUAUCUCCUCAAUUUCUGCCUAGCCGUCAUCGGGACGUUGGCUCUUUGA